UCUCUCUCUCUCUCAUCCUUCUCCAUUUCCCCCUUUCCUUCCUUUUCUUAAAUUCUGUAGGAACCUUCUAGAAUUACCAUAACAAAUCUCGUCCCAGUAAUCUUCAACCUUGCUCUCUCCGAAUUUCUGAUUAUCUAAUAAUCCCUCACUACUUUAUUUAUUGGUUAAAUAAACUUUUUCUUUUAAGCGUCGGCGAUGGCGCCCCCGCCGGUAGAGCAGAAUGGAGAGACGACUGCCGUGGAAUCACAGAGAUCUUUGCCGACUCCUUUUUUGACAAAGACUUACCAACUCGUGGAUGAUCAAACAAUAGACGAUGUGAUUUCCUGGAAUGAUGACGGAUCUACUUUCAUUGUUUGGAACCCUACGGUGUUUGCUAGAGAUUUGCUUCCCAAGUACUUCAAGCACAACAACUUUUCCAGCUUUGUUCGCCAAUUAAAUACUUAUGGAUUUAGAAAGGUGGUACCGGAUCGAUGGGAAUUUUCGAACGACUGUUUCCGUAAAGGCGAGAAAAUUCUAUUAUGUGAUAUACAGAGAAGGAAGAUUUCGACACAGGCGGUAGGGACGGCGACACAGCCAACGCCGGUGGCAAUAGCGGCGUCAGCAAUUCCAACGGCUAAGCCUAUGAUAUCUCCGUCGAAUUCUGGUGAUGGACAAGUGAUAUCAACGAACUCAUCGCCAUCAAGAGGAGUUCAAGUGAGCGGACCAAGCACAGAGCUUUUGGACGAGAAUGAGAGAUUGAGGAAAGAGAACGUGCAGCUAUCAAAAGAAUUAACGGAAAUGAAGAAUCUUUGUAGUAAUAUUUUUGGUCUGGUGUCAAAUUAUGCGGUUUGUCAAUCAGAAGGUGGUUUUCAAACGUCGGAAGGCGGAGGUUUUUCGACGGUGAAGCCGGUAGAUUUCCUUCAGGAAAAGCAAUUUGGCGGUGAAGAAGACGACACGAGUGCGAGGCUUUUUGGUGUGGCGAUUGGUGUGAAGAGGGCGAGGGAAGGGGAAGGCGCAGCGAUGGAUAAUGAUGCGCAGUUGCAACUGCAACUGCAGCUGCAGCAACCGAGAGCUAAUUCGGUGAAGGUUGAGCCGCUUGAUUGUCAGAAUAACGCUAUGAAUGGUGAUGAUGAAUCAAGACUAGCCGCGGCUUGAACUGCAAUAUAAUCGGAAGGUUAUGUAAUGUAAUUGAUAGGAUUAGAAUUAGAUUUGUUUUUUUAAAAACUGAAAAAAAAAACAGAGAAAUGUUUAUUACAACAUGAAAUUAGAGGUGGUGAGGCUGUAGUGAGGCAGUGGAUGAGAAAGUCACGGACAAGGAGAGGCACGUGCGAAAUGGGUCACGAGCUUUAUGAACCUUUGCUGGGACCGAGACCAACUUCAAGAAGUUUCUUACAACUUUUUCAUUUUCUAUUUUUUUUUUUUUUUUUUGCUGGGGAGGUCCUAAUCUUUAUUUUAGAAAAGUCCCCUCUUUGUUUCUGCGUUUGAUUUAAUAGCAUUUCUCACUUUCUAGAAAGCGUCGGAAUCCAAAUGUGAUUUGCGUUAAUAAUUAAGAUAAAGGGGACGGUGACGUGUGUUUGGGGAUGAGAAAUAAACCAACCAUGGUUGCUUUACGGAAGUGCCCUUUUCCGUAGUUCUA